AUGGCGUACAAGGGAAUGGUUUCGUUUUGGUGGCUUCCAGUCCUAUCUGCCCUUGUCUGGAUAGGCAUGCUCCUCGGCAUGCUUCUGCACUGGGUCGUUGAUACGCACUCGCGCCACUACCCGUCCAUGCCCGCCAACACACACAUCCCCUUCAUCAGCGAUAUUGGCGCUCAGAAGUUGAAGCCGCUGUUUAUCACGGGCUCUGUCCUUACAACUGUGCUGCUCGAUGCUUCGUUUCUAUCCCAGCGCUGGCUACGGCAUAGUGGUCGUCUGGUACCAAACAGGUCGCUGGGUGAAAAGAUACUGGACAUCUUGACUAUAAUUUUCGGCUUGGUUGGCACAGCCGGACUGAUUUUGCUGUCCAUCUUCGACACAUAUCGCCACAAUAAGCUCCACGACAUUUUCCUCCUGCUCUUUAUUGGUGGUUACUUGAUCUCCGCUGUUUUUAUCUGCUGGGAGUACCAGCGCCUGGGAAUCAAAAAUAGAGAACAUGCCGUCUUGCGCAUUUCUUUCUGGGUCAAGCUUACUUUUAUCCUCGUUGAGCUCGCAUUGGCGGUCGCCUUUGGCGUCUCGUCGCGAACACAUCACCACGAUAUCGCGGCUGUCUUUGAGUGGGUGGUUGCUUUGAUAUUCACAUUUUAUGUCUUGUCUUUUGUCCUCGACCUUUACCCGGCUGUAUGGACGAAAGAGAAGAACAAGAGAUUUGCCAAGCCGGAGACUGGCUCCCCCCGUAAUGAGUCGAUCCUUUCGGAGCAGACACCUGUGUCACAGGUAUAA